AUGGCCUUACUUGAUAUCGAGUCCGUUUCUCCUCAAAUGAACAACGAUUUCAAUGUCAAGAUACUUAAUUACAAAUUGUAUACCAUACAACUAACAGUCGAUGGCUAUACAUGGGUGGUCGAGCGUAGAUACAGUGAAUUUGAUGCGAUGGAUAUGCGUCGAUUCCCAGAUCGGAAGAAAUCUUUUCUGCCGCCGAAGAAGUUGAUUAGGAACCUGGAUGCGGAGUUUCUGGAAGAACGUCGUAUGGAGUUGGAAAAGUACUGCCGAGCACUACUCGAGCUGGAGCCCGGAUUCUCAGCUAUUUGGGGUUCAGCUGAUGAUACUUAG